AUGAGUUUGGCGAUUCUGUCAGCAGCGAUUGCGCAAAAAGCUGCCAGCAAAUAUCGACAAUGUGAAGAAGACAAAACAGUGCAGCAGGACGAGGUGUACGUACACCCCCCGGUCCUCCACUUCGCCUCCUCCUACAGCCUCCUGCCAGGGGCGGUGGAGAGCCUGUGCGUGGACGGGCUGCAGCAGCAGCAGCAGCGGUUCCGCAGCAUCGAAGCAGCAGCAGCAGCUUUGCUGCAGCAGUGUGUGGGGUUGCGCUGCUUGUCUCUGGUGUACGUACACCUCAGCAGCUGCGAGGGCCUUCCUAAACUCCCGCUGCUGCAAACUCUAAACCUCCAAGGAAACGAAAUUGCUUCUUUCAAGGGUUUGCUGCACCAGCCCUCCCUCCAGGUGCUGAAUUUGUGGGGCAAUUUGCUGUCGAGUUUCAAGUACUUCCCGUGUCUGCCGCAACUAAAAGAACUAAACUUGAGCUGCAACCGCCUCAAAGGAGGCUUCGCCAGACUGGCAGCAAGAGCGCCGCAGCUGCAGCUGCUGCGCCUUUCCCUCAACCCCCUCGAGGACCAGCAGGAGCUGCAGCACCUCGAGCAGCUAGCUGACUUGAAGCAGCUGGAGCUUUAUGGGUGUCCUGUGGCUAACCAGCUGCUGCAGCAAGAGUCUCCGCUGCUGCAGCGGCUGCGGGCCAGAGGUGUUCGUGUGCUGCUGCAGCAAAGCAGCAUGCCCUUGGACAUGCUGAAGCAGCUGCAGCAGAUGCAGCAGGACCACCAGCAGCAGCAGCAGCAACAGCAGCAGCAGCAACAGCAGCAGCAGUGGGUUGCAGGUGGACAGAAACCUGUAGCCAUCCGUAUCACGCCUCCAAGCUGCAGUAGCAGCUGCAGCAGCAGCAGCAGCAGCAGAAGCUGCAGCAGCAGCAGCAGCAGAAGCUGCAGGCAGCACGUAGCAGUAGCUGCAGCAGCAGCAGCCGCAAAGGCUGCAGGAGCAGCAGCAGCAGCUGCGGCAGAGGCUGCAGGGGCUCCUGCAGCACAGCAGCAAGGCCAAAUGCUCCUGCUGCUGAGCCUUUCGGGUGCAUCUCUGGGAUCUUACGCAGCAGCAGCAGCAGCAGGAGCAGAAGCAGCAGCGGAAGCAGCAGCAGCAGCGGCAGAAGCAGCGGAAGCAGCAGCAGCAGCAGAAGUACCACCAGCAGCAGAAGCCCCAGCAGCAGCCACAGCAGCAUAA